CAUGGACUGAUUUCGAGCGGGAAGAAAGCCUAUUUUAAGAGUUUCCACAUGAUUGGUGCUUGAUUCUGCUUCGCUAAUUACUCCUUGGUCUUCUUUCAAGGAGAAAGUGCUGAGGCUAAUUAGGCCCUCACUUUAUUUUUUCGAGAUAUUCGAAAACUCAAAAUAACCGAGUUACUGACUGAAAUAAGGGAGGUAGCUUGAUUUAAGGCUACCCUUCCUUGUUCAACAGUAUCUAGGUUAUUCUCGUCUGUUACUCGCUUAUUUCAGUUUUUCGAGAUAAUUAAAUAGACAAGUAGAUCGGUAUCCUCGUGGUCUGUCUUGCCGAUGUCGUCGGUUUCGAUGUUGAGAUGCUUCCAAUUUUCCUCCUCCUGUUCUAACCAUUGUUUGCACAACUGCAGGAGCAACAGCAACAUCUGCAACGGGAUCUACAUCAAGAUCUGGUGCAUCUUCAAGGAACAUCACGACCAAAAACGAGCAGACAGCGAGACUUGCGAUGUCGACUAAUGACAGCAUUACACUCAGCAGCGAGAGAUGCGUUGGGGGAUAGGCUUCUAGAGCGAGGACCACACACUACAGGGGACCACGGAGGUAUUGCUAUGA